CUACUCUUGUCCAUCUCUGCUUCUCCCACACACACCAUGCUCGCAACCGACGUACCAGUCAUCCUGCAUAACAGCACGCGCGGGCUCCUGUCCCUCGACGACGGGCGGCUCGACGUGCUCCAGCUCUCGAGCGACGGAAGGCCGCCAAAGCGCCUCCUGUCGUCGCCUAUGCGGCUGGUCCUGCGUGCACGGCUGGCGGACGGCGCGUCGCCGAACGGAGCGAACGGAGCCAGCAACGGCCACGCCAAUGGCAACAACACCGCCGACGCGCCCCGCCGCCUCGACCUCCACGCGCUGCGCCAGAAGAACGCCAACUCGCACGCACUGCACCUCACCAAGAUCCACGUCCUCGUCGAGCAAACCCACAUCGCCGACGCCGAGGCGUUUGUCGAGGCAGUCAUGGCCGCCGCGUACCCUGUCACGACCCCGUUCCGCAAGGUACUCCUCCUCGUCAACCCUGUCGGCGGCAAGGGCAAGGCCAAGAGUAUCGUCAAGGAGACGGUCCUGCCUAUUCUCGAGGCGGCGGGGUGCUUGAUCGAGCUCCAGGAAACCCAGUACCGCAACCACGCGGAGGAGAUUGCAAAGACCAUGGAGCUGAAAUACGAGUAUGUCGCUGUUAUCGCCACGGCGUCGGGUGACGGCAUCAUCUGCGAGGUGCUCAACGGGCUGGCGGAGCGGCCAGAUGGCAAGAAGGCACUCCGCACGCCCAUUGCGCCGCUGCCUACCGGUUCGGCAUGUGCGUGCAGCACGAACCUCUUCGGCAUCCAGGACACGUUCAACAUUGCUCUAGCGGCUCUGAAUGUCAUCAAGGGCCAGCACCUCCCCAUCGACCUCGCGUCCAUCCUCCUCUUGCCAGAAAAGAAGCGGCGCGUCUCAUUCCUCUCCAUCGCCGUCGGCAUGAUGGUCGACCUCGAUUUCGGCACCGAGCACCUGCGGUGGAUGGGCGACACGCGGUUCAUCUAUGGUUACGUGCGCGGCGUGGUCCAGAGCAAAAACUACAAGAUGCGCAUGCGCUUCGACGUGACCAACACGGACAAGGAGGCGAUGGCCAAGGCGGCACGGGACGCGGCACGCGCCGACAUGACGCCAUUAAAACCUGGUGAGCGGCGCGACUCGCACGCAGUGGUGCAGGGGCCGCAGACUGCGUCGGCGUCGUCCAAGGCGGUCGUGAAUGGCAACAGCAGCAGCAGCAGCGAGGACGACGGGCCGAUCGCGCCCCACGUCCCACUGCAGCCCAACGACUCGUGGGUCACGAUCGAGUCGAAUACGGACAAGCGCAUGCGCCGCGAUCAAUCAACAUCACCGCCCACAACACCAGGGGACAAGAUGGGCGGCUGGCAGAACGGCGACAGCCUGAGCUACUUCUACGCGGGGCUCAUGCCGUGGGUGUCGCGCGACCUCAACUGCUGGCCCGUCGUCCUGCCAGGGUCGGGCGAGAUCGACAUGGUCGUCCAGCGCGUCAUCUCGCGCAAGGAGUUUAUCGCGGCCAUUGACGGCGCCGAGCACGGAGAUGGAUACUGGAACGAAAACCAGUGCUACUACAAGCUCCGUGCGUUCACAGUCGAAAACUUGGACAAGGAGGGCACAAAGUCGUUCUCGCUCGACGGGGAACAGUACCCCUUCAAUGAGUUCCAUGUCGAGGUCAUGCCCCGUGCCGCGACGCUACUCAGCCUCGACGGGCGCUUCACCCACGGCCUGUUUGUCAGCGGGACAAACAAGAAGGGCAAGUUGAACGCCCCGCCAAAAGCAUAACUAGGAUGGCUACAUCAUGAUGCAAAAAAAUCUAUGCUGUGGG